CACUUGAAAGUUGUAAACUUCUUCCUCCUCUCGCAGUUUGUUUCGUCAGCCACGAGAUUUCACGUCCAGCCGCUGGAGAGCUUCUGUCCGGUGUUUGAGAAAGAUGGGAGACCCUCUGACCGACUACACAGCCCGACUGCAACAGCAGGAACAGGAGAUCCGGAGUCUCUCUGCAGAGAUCGAGAGUCUAAGGAACCCACAGAACCUGAGUCCAUCUCCACGACUGGACGAGCUGCGGGAGGAAAACGCCAAACUGAAGUACCGCUUCAACAUCCUGAAGAGGAGUUUGCAGGAGGAGAGGACUCACUGCAGUAAAUCCAUGAUGAACAUCAACCUGCAGCUUCAGGAGAUUUUCGGCGAGGCCAUCCGGGCGUCCUGCCCCGAGCUGGACAACCCUCCGCUGGCCGUCACACCCAACCAGCAGGCCAAGUUCGGAGACUACCAGUGCAACAGCGCCAUGGCCAUGGCCCAGAUGCUGAAGGCAAAAGGAAUCAAAGUCAGCCCGAGGGAGAUUGCAGAGAAGAUCGUGCAGAACCUUCCAGGCAACGACCUCAUCCAGAAAACGGAGAUCGCAGGUCCAGGUUUCAUCAACAUCCACCUGAAGAGGGUGUUUGUGUCCAAACUGCUGAGUAACCUGCUGAUCAACGGGGUUCAGCCCCCAACCCUGGCCUCCAGGAAGAGGGUGGUUGUGGACUUCUCCUCUCCCAACAUUGCCAAAGAGAUGCACGUGGGUCACCUGCGCUCCACCAUCAUCGGGGACAGCAUGUGUCGACUGUUCGAGUUUCUGGGCUACGACGUUGUCAGGCUGAACCACGUGGGAGACUGGGGGACCCAGUUUGGGAUGCUGAUCGCCCACCUGCAGGAUAAAUUCCCGGACUACCUGACCGUCUCCCCGCCCAUCGGUGACCUGCAGGCCUUCUACAAAGAGUCGAAGAAGCGUUUCGACGAGGAGGAGGACUUUAAGAAACGAGCGUACCAGUGUGUCGUCAGACUGCAGAGCAAAGAACCGGACUUCAUCAAAGCCUGGAACCUCAUCUGUGACGUGUCCAGGAAAGAGUUCCAGAAAGUUUACGACUGCCUGGGCAUCCAGAUCAUCGAGAGGGGAGAGUCUUACUACCAGGAGCUGAUGACAGAGGUGGUGAAGGAGUUUGAGGAGAAAGGCCUGAUACAGCUGGACGAGGGACGGAAGAUCGUCUUCGCCCCGGGUCAGUCCAUACCCCUCACCAUCGUCAAAUCAGACGGCGGCUACACCUAUGACACGUCGGACCUCGCCGCCCUGCGCCAGCGGCUCUUCGACGAGAGGGCCGACAUCAUCAUCUACGUCACGGACAGCGGACAGGCUACGCACUUCCAGGUGGUGUUUGCUGCGGCUCAGAUGAUUGGCUGGUACAAUCCUCAGGUGACCCGAGUGGAGCACGCAGGCUUCGGCGUGGUGCUGGGGGAGGACAAGAAGAAGUUUAAGACCCGGUCUGGAGACACAGUGAGGCUGAUGGACCUGCUGGAGGAGGGACUGAAGAGGUCUAUGGACAAACUGAAAGAAAAGGAGAGAGACAAGGUCCUGACUCCAGACGAGCUGAUUAAAGCGCAGAGGUCCGUUGCCUUUGGCUGCAUUAAAUACGCAGAUCUGUCCCACAACCGCAUCAACGACUACGUCUUCUCGUUUGACAAGAUGCUGGAUGACCGGGGCAACACGGCGGCGUACCUCCUCUACGCCUUCACCCGCAUCAGGUCCAUAGCUCGUCUGGCUAACAUCGACGAGGCCACGCUGAGGAGGGCCGCAGAGACCUCAGAGGUCGUCCUGGACCACGAGAAGGAGUGGAAGCUGGGGAAGUGCAUCCUGCGCUUCCCUGAGAUCCUGCAGAAGAUCCUGGACGACCUGCUGCUCCACACGCUCUGCGACUACCUGUACGAGCUCGCCACCACCUUCACCGAGUUCUACGACAGCUGCUACUGCGUAGAGAAGGACAGACAGACAGGUGAGGUGAUAAAGGUGAACAUGUGGAGGAUGCUGCUCUGUGAAGCCACGGCCGCCAUCAUGGCUAAAGGCUUUGAAAUCCUGGGCAUCAACCCCGUCCAGAGGAUGUGAUGUCACAGGGACACCCUCCCCCCCCCCCCCCCCCCCCCCGCCCCCAAAAUCCCCCCGCUCCCCCUCCUGCUCCCCCCCCACCUCCAUCUUUGUCCCUCUGCAUCCGAGUUCGCCAGGAUCCAGGACGCAGGACAAGAGUCCGUCUCGCUCAGGACGCAGUGGACACUCACCGGACUUUAAUGGUUAUUUUCCACAGAAAGUGAAACAAAGAUCAGAGGAAAAGGAGCAUGAGACUCAGUUCAUCAGUUCACAUGUGAAGGAUCUUUUUUUUAUUAAAGAACCAGUGUGAAACCAAA